CCACCGGUUCACAGUAGAAUACCAUUGCUCCAUUCAUUCAGUCGAGGUCUAACACGUACGCGAGUUGCCACGAUAUUCAAAUCAUUGAGCCACUUAAAUCUCUCGGUUUUGUGCACUUUUGUGAUUAAAGAUACAAAAAGAAAUUACGUGAGCAGGAUUUUAGCACGGGAAAUAUCACAUGAUAUCCAUUUGCCAAUGUGAGUGAUAUUGUGCAAGUAAUUUUUUGGAAAAUUCCUUGCCAUUUGUUCAGCUCAAAAAUGACAGUGAUAUCUGACUCUUAACGGUGCUGCGAGUGAAGUGAAUUUGUAGUUUUUAUACAUCUUGUGCUUAAGGGGCCCUCCAUGAGCCCCAUCUGAGUAUGUUUUAGUGGGAAAAAGAUAUAUGACGACGUUAUACCUGGAGUGAUUCAUACACCUUGAAUGAAUGUCCAGAAGUUCUGACUGACUCAAAUGAGAAGUUGAUCAGCAGUUAAGUGGAUUUUACAAAAGAACACUGAGCAUAGAGGAAAAAUCCAUUAGUGUUGGGUGGGACAGAAGUAGCGGGAGUGCUAAAGGAAAAGUUACAAGAGCAUAUUAGAUGUGAGAAUAUAUUUUUGAUGACAUACCCCAUAAUACUGGAGCAGUGAAGAAAUUUUUCAUACAACCUCCACGAAGCAACAAGUGAAAAUGUGCAAAAUUUCUGUGAUAUUUACUUCAGUAGUACUCAUAACUUGGAUAUUCUUCAGUAGACACGUCACAGCCCAGAUUCUUGAUGAUGAGAAUGAUUUGACCAACUUUGAAAUGAGCAUUCAAUUUGAGGCUCCGCUAAUUGAGCCUCAUGAUGAAGAUGUUACAUUGGAUGUUGGAUCAAAUUUUACACUGAGAUGUUCAUCAAAAUAUCCAGUCACAUGGACAACACUGCACGAUCCAGAUCCCACCUCAUUCAUCAUAACCUCAUUGCCAGCACCCAUUCCAGAUCGUCCUUACGGAAGCACUAUCAAGCUCAUAAACGUUAACUUCAAUCACGUGGGAUAUUACUAUUGUCUGCGAGAAGAGACCAAGCAGCUUUUGGUACCUGGACAAGAAUCUGAAUAUCUAGAUAAUCCAUAUCACAGUUCAAAGAUUUAUGUAUUUGUUGAUGAUCCAGUAAAUCUCAUGGUACCCAUCCUAACUCCUGUGGCGUCAGCUAUUCAAUAUCAAGAAUUUGUGGUACCGUGCAAGCCAACAUCGAAGAAUGUUCAAGUUGAAUUGAUAAAAGCCGAAGAUGAGUCACAACAAGCUGAGGCAUCUUUUGAUCCAAAGAAUGGAUUUACAAUCCAAAUCAACCACCUAACUGAUGCAGGUGCAUACAAAUGCGUGGCUAUAAGGGAUACGGCCAACGAUGAACAAUUCUAUCAUAUCGAGGUCCUCUCGAAUUGUGAGUUACUAAAUACAAGUGGUACAAAUUGCUCCUCUGGUGGAGGUUUGAGUGUCCCUGAUGGGGAUUUGGGAACAACACCUUCUGUUAUAAUUAAGACUACUGCAAGCAUUCCUUCAUCUGCUAUCAAAUCAACUAUUAGGACUAAACUUCCUCGUGCAAACAAUCACUUAACUCAUUCGCGUGUGUCUCCGAUGUCGCUAACUUGGAGUGAUAAAAAUAUCAUAAGAAAAAAAACCGCAACGGAAUUUGUCAGUAAACCAAGAAUCACUUCUCAUACGGGAGACCAUGCAACCGAAGGAGGUAAAUUGGAGCUCAAUUGCACCGUGGAAAUCCAUGUUGGAGUCACUUUUACCAUGGAAUGGGACUUGCCUAAUGACAAUAUCGCCAAGGAGGAAAAUCGGGCUGAGAUUGAGAAACCCAUUAAAGAACUCAGCACAAUCGAUAGCACUUUGCAAAUUGGUCGAUCCCGAUUGAUAGUGAACAAUAUAAACCGAGCCAAAGAUCAGGGAUUGUACGUCUGCAAAGUUAGGGAUCAUAACAACAAAUCGAAUUCAAAUAACAAAGUCAUCACAAUCUUGGAUCCAAAUCAAGGAUUCAUAAACAUGAGCGAACCCAGUGGUCGGUACACCAUCAAGACCCAUUCUAACCGACCUUCAGUACAAUGGAUCAUCCACUACACCGGCUAUCCCAGACCCAUUACUCUCACAUGGUAUGACAAUCAGGGCAGAGAAAUAUCCUCCUGGGGCGAUGCUGAAAAUAAAUACACUGUCACAAUCCGGGAGAAUGAAUGUAUCUUCCGGAUUAGGAACAUUGAACUUAGGGACUCUGGGGAGUACACUCUGAAAGCUGAUAAUACAAUGGUAGAACGUUCCAUAACGGUCAAGUUAAUUGUGGAAGAGAAGCCCACGGUUAACGUAAAGGAUGUCUAUGUCAUGGAACACGAAGAGGCUGUGAUCACAUGUGACUGUACUGGAUACCCUCCAUCGGACAUCGAAUGGACCUUUACGCCCUGCAUUAUCUCCCCAAAAUGGCCAACAUGUGACAAAGCUGAUUCUGUGACUUUCGGUGAUGACCAAGUCAAGGUGUCAGCCCCAUCCUCCCUAUUCCAGCAAUCAGAAUUGAGAUUCACACCAACUUCACCGGGAAAGAUUACAUGCAGAGCUAAGAACUCAAAGGGCGAGGAUUCUGUUUCUGCAGAAAUCCGAGUUGGGGAUAUCAGGGAACCAUUGGAAGUUUGGGGCGUGGAUGAAAAGAAUCCCACGUCUAUUGGGGAUGAAUUCAGCAUCUUCUGUGGAGCACUUGUGUACAAUUUCACCGGACCACUACGUUGGUACCGCGGGGACUUACCUUUAGAACCAACCAGUGACAUCAUCGUCAAUGACUCACACACGGACUAUUCCUACCGGAGUACCAUCACUUGGAAGAGCAUCUCUGAGAGUGAUUCAGGCACGUACGAGUGCAGAGGGAAUGUUCUCAAUGAAGAUCACUGGGAGAGCAAGGACAUCGACGUAAGGGCAUACGAACCGAUUGCUCCGCAAUUGCAGACGACCAGUAUGGAAGGAACGGAAAUGAUGAAGAAUCUAGGAGAAUCUCUAAGGCUCGAGUGCAUAUUUGCCGGAUUGCCCAAGCCCAAGAUAAAAUGGUACAAAGACGAACAAGUGAUCGUCCACAGAGAGUCCUCCAAUUCAACGAUAGAGCUGUACGAUGAAGACACCGUCCUCAAUAUCAAAUACAUCAGACCCGAAGAUCAGGGAGUCUACAAGUGCGAAGGUAGCAACAAAUUGGGAUCGGAUUCGCAUGAAAUAGCCAUUAAAAUUGGAGACAUGCCUGGUUUGAACAAGGGAUGGUUCAUUGGAAUAGGAGCCCUUCUCUUGAUCCUCUUCCUCUCGACAAUCAUCCUCUGUGUGAGAAUGCGUCGCACUAGACGCCUUCUCCAGGAAAUGAAAGAAGCCGGCUUGGCCAAUUUUGAAGAAGGUAGUCCAGAACAGAUAAACCCAGCUCUGGCCCUUGACGAACAGGCCGACCUUCUGCCCUACGACAAACAAUUUGAGUUCCCCAGGGAAAAACUAAAGUUAGGCAAACAAUUGGGAGCUGGAGCCUUUGGAAUUGUCGUCAAAGGAGUAGCCCAGGGUAUCCUGCCCUAUGAAGACGAGACGACAGUUGCAGUGAAAAUGGUGAAGAAAAACACAGACAAUGAAGUAAUGCGAGCUCUCAUCUCUGAGCUGAAAAUUAUGGUGCACCUUGGACAACAUCUCAACGUUGUGAACUUACUGGGCGCCGUGACGAAAAAUAUUGCAAAAAGAGAAGUAAUGGUGAUAGUUGAGUAUUGUCGUUUUGGCAAUGUGCAGAACUUCCUGCUGAAACACCGAGAGUACUUCAUAAACCAGAUAAAUCCUGAAACUGACCAGAUUGAUCCCACAAUACUGUCCCCUGAGCAAAGAUGGUCCCACGAUAGCGGGUAUGAGUAUAAUAGCCAGGGUUUAAAAUAUCUUAAACUGUCCUUUUCCAAUAAUCACGUCAACAACAAUAGUAAGGGUGAGGAACGGAGGGUGCCAUCUAUGAAUAUGAAGAAGGGAGAUGGACCAGCAUCACACAUCAACUCCAAAGGAUAUUUGAGGCAUUCCGGAAUGGAUACCUUCAUUGGAGGAAUGGACAGUUGCAACACAGAAGCAACACUCAUAUCCCAAUAUGCUGAAGGAGGUGAGGACAACAUGGUCUUGUCCAAUAAUUCAGUUCAGCCUGCUUGGCGAUCGAACUACCGCAUGGACUAUAAGGGUCCAGCUAGGACCGUUACAACGUCAGACCUAGUUUGCUGGGGCUUUCAGGUUGCCCGAGGUAUGGAUUACUUGGCUUCCAGGAAUAUCCUGCACGGGGACUUAGCAGCCAGAAAUAUUCUCCUUUGCGAUGACAAUGUGGUGAAGAUUUGCGACUUUGGCCUGGCCAGAAGUAUGUACAAGAGCAACAACUACAAAAAGCAGGGAAAGGCACUACUACCAUUCAAGUGGUUAGCACUGGAAUCAAUCAGUGAUCAUGUAUUCAGCACAUACUCUGACAUUUGGUCAUUCGGGAUUGUGCUCUGGGAGUUUUUCUCUUUAGCUAAAGUGCCGUAUCCGGGCAUGGAUGCUGACCAGAAGUUCUAUGAGAAACUGAGGGAUGGGUACCGGAUGGAUAAGCCACUGUGUGCCAAUCAAGAGAUUUAUGACGUCAUGCUUCAGUGCUGGUGUGCCAAUCCCGAGAGUCGGCCACUGUUUUCGGAUCUCGAGAAAAGACUGAGUAAUAUGCUGCAGGAAAGCGUGCGUGACCACUACGUGGACCUCAAUGAACCCUACCUGCAGAUGAAUACCGAAUACCUAAAGUCAGGUCAGAGGGAUUACCUGGCUUCUAUGGGUCCCCCAGAAACUCCAGCACCGCCUGUGCCAACCUACGUCAAUCGUGACGUAAUAGAAGCCCUACCACUAGAAAUGUCCCUGCAGGACACCUCCUCACCCAACUACCUACAGAUGAGCCCCAAGAGCGGCAGUGUAGCCUUUAGUGCACGACCUAGCACCUCUACAGCAAAACAUCACUCGCCGACGUUGGCGAACAAUCUCAACACCUCUAGUCCUUCCAACCAGAAGAAUCGUAAGAAGCCUGGUCUGCCCGAGGAGAUACCCAUGCUGCCGAGGAGUACUAGUGCUCUAAGUUCAGACUCCGAACCAGAAUUGAGUCCCAAUCCAUCGAUGCGGGAACGUACGAUUCCCAGCAUCGAUACAACGGACAAUUACGUCAACGUGCCAUCAUCCACCGUCAUCAACAUGAAUAGUGUGUUUGGACCACGGGACGCCUUUAGUAAUCCCACAUACGUCGGAGCGCAACCAAUGGGCAGGGUUGGACAGCCAUGAAUACAUCCUCCAAAGCAUCACAUCUGUCUCUUCGUGUUUAAUGUCGCUUGCUCUCAAUGAGUCUUCGUGCAUAAAAUACAUUUAGACUUACUUAUAGUCGUCAUGGGGGCCGAUACAGUGAAAAUCUGUUCAGUGAACCCCGUUCAGCGAAUUGCACUGAGAAUUUCAUUUAUUUUUUAUAAAUCUUACUGUUAAUUCAGAAACUUCUGUAAACGUACAUGUAUAAGCGUACAAAUAUAAAAGAAAACGUAUGUAAUAAAA